AUUUAAUAAUAUAAAAUCUUACGAUGGCUAAAAAUGUUUUGUUUCGUGAAUAUUGUGAAAAAACUACUUUACCGUGUAUGAAAUAUUUUGUGAUGAACCAUAGAUCAACAAUGGAAAGAAUAUUUUGGACGUUGAUUUUUUUUUGUAUGAUACUGGCAACGAUUUCUGGGUUAAGUGCUUUGAUAGACGUUUGGAUUAAUUAUCCAUCUAUAAUGUUCAUUGAAAACACAAAAUCUGCAAUUCAAGAAAUACCUUUUCCUAUGAUCACGAUUUGUCCAUCGAGCCAAAUGCGUAAAUCGGUUUGGGAAAAAUACUCCGACACGAACAGUUCUUAUUGGGAAAACCUUCAACAAUAUCGGUCUUUAACCUGUUCUUCAUUUGUUUAUGCUUCUGGAUUGAAAGGUCAUGCCGAGGAUUAUUUGGACAUCGAUUGGUUCAGACAAAUUAUGAAAGAUUGCGCGAUUAGUUGCUCAGAAAUAUUUCAAUCUGAGGUUAAAUGGCAGAAUACAACAUUGAGCAAUUUUUGUCAAUUUGUCCAACCUGUAUUAGGCAUUUUUGGAUUAUGUUUUGCAAUCAACAUGAUGCCUGUAUAUCAAAUAUUAAACGAUGCAAAUUAUCAAGGAUACUUGAAUUUUUUUUCAACAAAUAACACGUACCUCAAUACUGAAAGGUCAAAAUGGACUCUCGACGACGGUUACUCAUUAUUUUCAGACAAAAAUGUCCUUUUCAAUGUAAUCCCAGCUCGAACAAGUGGUGUUAGUUACUAUCACCGCUUAAGAUUGAAGUUACACACAAUUGAGAAUGAAUUUUUGGUUUGUCCUAAUAAUGACUUCAAUGAAGAUUUUUUUCUGGUUAUAAUAUCUAAUCCUGGUGAAUUAUACACGUACAAAACUAGAUCAUUUGUAACAUUAGACACAUACCAAAAAAUUCAAAUCACUCCGUUCGUAAAAAAAAUGAAUUCGGACUUGAUGUGGCGUUCUCUGAAAAUUAGGAAAUGUUAUUUGCACAACGAGAGAAAACUAUCCUUAUUUCAACUUUAUACGGAGUCCAAUUGUAACGAAGAAUGUAAAAUAAACAUAACUAUUUCAAUGUGUGACUGUGUUCAUUACAACUCAGCCUUUUUAGUGACUUCCGGCGUCAAAUUAUGUGGUCCAGCGAAAAGAAGUUGUGUGCAAAAAGCUAUCCUAGCUGUAUACCUCUCGAAGGUGCAAAUGAAGUGUAAUUGUUUACCAACAUGUUCUGUAAUCGAAUACGAUAUAACAGAUUCAUCUCAUUAUGACAGCUGGAAUUAUAUGAAAGCUACAAAUUUAGUAAAAAAUAAUUCUAAAGGAGCCACGAUUGAGGUGGUUUUCAAAAAUCCUUUUUUCACUUCAUAUGAAUCGGCAUCAGUUGUAGACAUAGAUUCAUUAAUUAGUAACACUGGAGGAAUAUUAGGUUUAUUUUUGGGCAUAAAUUUAAUAAGUAUUUUUGAAAUAUUGUACGUACUAAUUAAAACUAUUAGUAGUUACUUAUAUUGUAAAUAUGUUGAAUAAGUUGUCAGCGCACCUACAGAAGUAAGGAUUGCAAUUGAUUAGUUCAAAAUUAUUACAUUAAUAUUAUAUAAACUUUCUAAAAAAAA